AGAAAAGGGAAAGAAAACGGUGAAGCAAAAAGCGGGCAAAGAACAGGUAAAGGUGGAGCUAAGGAAGGAAGCUGGCAAUAAAGGGGCAACAAAAGAAGCGGGGAAAUGAGUAAAGAGGAGGACUAAGCAAGGAACGACGAAAGGGGCCCGGGGUUUCCCCGGCGCCGAGGAGGAGGCUCCCGUGCCUCACAGGGGCGUCCGGAGGGGCGGUCUGUUCCCGCUCCGUCCCAAAUCUCGAGGAAACGAAACCGCGGCUCUGCGCCCGCCCCGCGGCGCCUCCACCUCCCGGAGCCGCACGCGUUCGCAGGUGCCACCACAGCUGUCCCCCAGCCCCAGGCAUGCAGUCGCCGCUUCCGCCCUACGAGGUGCUGCCGACCGAAGUGAGCAUGGAGGAGAUGCCCCGCAGCACCACGGUGGUGGUGGAGGAGACGCAGCAGCAGCAGCAGCAGCCGCCGCCGCGGGACCACCUGGUGUGGUCCCUGUUCACCACCCUGUACGGCAACUUCUGCUGCCUCGGCCUCCUGGCCUUCGUCUUCUCCGUCAAGUCCAGGGACCGCAAAGUGCUGGGUGACUACAGCGGGGCCCUGAGCUACGGCUCCACGGCCAAGUACCUGAACAUCACGGCCCUGGUCAUCAACAUCGUCAUCGUCAUCCUCGUCAUUGUCUUCGUCUCCCUGGCCUUAGCCGGGGUCUUCAGCUCCCGCCACCCGUACGGGCCGUACGGGUACGGCAGCACUUAAGUGCCUGCCCUCCUUGCCCUCGGGCUGUGCUUCCCUCCCGGGGCUGGAGCCACAGUCCACGACAAUCCUGCCUCGCCCGGAGCCCGCUGCUCUCCUUCCCUGUCCUUCCCCACUCGGAGCUUUCGUGGUGGCUGGAGCUGCCUGGGGAUGGACACGGUGCCCCCGAGAGCAGCUGAGCACCCCAGCCCUGCCACGGCCUGCUUGGAGCCCCAGCUGCCUCAAAACAAUUCUGGGGAGAAGCGCCUGGUUCAGAGA